AUCUGCUCUGGGAACAGCAAGUCCACAGUGGCAACAAUGAGGGGGAGUUCGGUGGGGUUGUGUUUUCUUGCUUUGACUAUAGCCCAUGUCACUGAGAUCCAAGCCAGAUGGGUCAGCAACCAUGUGAGCAGCAUCUGUAGCACAUGGGGCAGGGAGCACUUCAAGACAUUCGAUGGUGAUGUGUACCAGUUUCCUGGCAUGUGUGAAUACAACCUGGUCUCUGACUGCCAUGACACCUUCCCAGAGUUCUCUGUGCACAUGAAGAGGAAGGAAAACGAUGGAAACCCGACAGUCAGUUAUGUGGUGGUCACCAUCAGCGAUUUUGUAUUUCACCUCAGCAAAGAUGUGGUCACUGUGAACGACCUGCCUGUCAAACUUCCACACUACCAGGCCGGAGUACAAGUGGAAAGAAAUGCAGUCUACAUCAAGCUCCAGUCCAAAGUUGGCAUCAUUGUCAUGUGGAACCUUGAUGAUGCAGUCAUGGUGGAAAUUGAUAAUGAUUACACUAACCGCACUUGUGGACUUUGUGGAGAUUUUAACGGUGUUCCAGUCUACAAUGAGUUCCUCCUUGAUGGUCGCAAAAUCAGUCCCAUUGAGUUUGGCAACAUACAUAAAGUCCAUCGUCCAAAUGAUGAUUGUGAGGACCCAUAUGAAGAGGAAGAUGUGUCACAGGAAGCUAUGAAUGUGCCAGAGUCAUGCAAAGAGUUUCAAAACACCUGUGAAGAGAUGCUGCAUGCAGAAACCUGGAGCUCCUGCACCAAACUGAUUGAACCUGAGCCUUACAUUCAGGCCUGUGUGCAGGACAUGUGUGGCUGUACCAACCAUUCAGAUGACUUUUGUGUCUGCAGCACACUCUCUGAGUUCUCUCGACAGUGUUCCCAUGCAGGAGGGGAGCCUCCCAACUGGAGGACUUCUGAGUUCUGUGCCAAACAGUGUCCAUUCAACAUGGUUUAUGAAGAGAGUGGAUCCCCUUGUGUGGAUACCUGCACACAUCAAGACACAAGCUCAUUCUGUGAGGACCACAAAAUGGACGGCUGCUUCUGUCCUCCUGGAACCGUGUUCGAUGACAUUUCCAUGAGGGGGUGUAUUGCUCAGUCUGAAUGCCAGUGCAAGCAUGGAAAAAUCUAUGAAUCUGGUGAAGUUUACAGACAGGAGCGAGAGGAAUGCACGUGUUUUGAAGGUAGAUGGGCUUGUGAAAGUCUUUCAACACCUUCUACGUGUGCGGUUGAAGAAGGUUCACAUGUAACCACCUUUGACGGGAAAGACUUCACCUUCCACGGAGACUGUUACUACACCCUGGCCAAGGUGGAAAGAAAGGAUGAUUCAAGCCCUAAGUUUACCAUUCUGGUCAAACUGGUACCGUGUGCACACCAAGAGUAUGACACUUGUCUGAAGACUCUCAAAAUCCUGCUGAACAAUGACAGAAACAAUGUGUUAACAUUCACUGCUGAUGGCACAGUAAAGCAGAAUAUGCAGAGUAUCAGUUUGCCGUACUUCUCAGGGGACAUCAGUAUAUUCCACGCUUCAUCCUUUCACAUCAUCCUCCAGACCAGUUUUGGUUUGCAAAUUCAAAUCCAACAUGUGCCUCUGAUGCAAGUCUAUGUCAGCCUGGAGCAGAGCUACAGAGAAAAGACACGUGGUUUAUGUGGGAACUACAACAUGGUCCUGUCUGAUGACAUGAACACUCGUCAGGGAAUUGUGGAGGGAAGUGCAGCAGCUUUUAGUAACUCCUGGAAGGCUGGCCAUGUAUGCCAAGACAGAGAAGACAGACUUGAUGACCCUUGUUCUCUCAGUAUGGAAAAUGAAAUGUAUGCCAAACACUGGUGCACCUUGCUACGACAGCCAAAUAGUACCUUUGCAGAGUGCCAUUCUGUGGUGGAUCCUGAGAUUUACUACAAGCGAUGUACUUAUGCUAGCUGUAACUGUGAGAAGAGCGAGGACUGCCUGUGUGCUGUUUUCUCCUCCUAUGCCAGAGCUUGUGCAUCAAAGGGAGUGUUCAUGACAGACUGGAGAGAGAAUGUGUGCGACAAAUACACCAAGAACUGCCCAGAAUCUCAGACCUUCUCUUACAAACAUCAGAGAUGCCAGCUGACUUGCAGAUCACUGAGCUUAAAGCAGCAGAGCUGCACCUCUGAUUUCUUGCCUGUGGAUGGCUGUUCCUGCGCUGAGGGUCACUACCUAGAUGACAACGGCAUCUGUGUCCCAGUGACAAAGUGUCCCUGUUACCAUAAUGAAGUCUAUGUUAAGUCAGGCAAGUCCAUCAGUAUCAACAACGAGCGCUGUGUAUGCACUAACGGAGUUCUUCAUUGCCAUUCUGGGAGAAACCGCAUGUCAAUUUCUACAUCUUGCCCUUCUCCUAAAGAAUACUUCAACUGCUCCACUGCAAGCACAGGAGUUGUUGGAGUGCAGUGUGCUCGAACUUGUUUAAAUCUGGACAAUGAUGAUUGUGAUGCCACCGAGUGUGAAUCUGGUUGUCGGUGUCCCAGUGGCCUCCUUGAUGAUGGUAAAGGUUUCUGUGUGAAAGAAAGUGACUGUCCAUGCAAGCAUGAUGGCCAUCUCUAUGUCUCCGGAACACGAAUACCUAACCAGUGCAACACCUGUACCUGCCAAAGUGGAAAAUGGACAUGCACAGAGAAAAAAUGUCCAGGAACUUGCAUUAUUUAUGGAAGUGGUCACUACACCACAUUUGAUCAGAAAAAAUAUGCAUUUCAAGGACAGUGUGGCUAUAUUGCUGUAAAGAACAACUGUGGCAAUAAAACAGUGCACAACAACUUUGGAGUUAUCACUGAAAAUGUACCUUGUGGCUCUACGGGCACCACCUGCUCUAAAAAAGUCAGAAUUCAACUGGGGAGAAUGGAAAUCAAACUAUCAAAGAGAAAAUUUGAAGAGGAUGAGCUGGGACAUGGGCCUCAUAUCCAGUACAGAAUAAGGAAGGUUGGCUUGUAUGUGGUUGUAGAAUCUGUCAUCGGUGUGGCAGUGAUGUGGGAUCGCAAAACAGCUGUUCGGAUCCUGCUGGAACCAGUGCACAGUGGAGAGGUGUGUGGCCUUUGUGGAAAUUUUGAUGGCGAUGGACAGAAUGACUACACCACCCAGGGUCAGCUGGUGGUGAGCAAUCCACUUGAAUUUGCAAACAGCUGGAAAGUGUCUAGCUCUUGUCCAGAUGUGGAGGCGAACAUUGAUCCUUGCGCAGUAACAUCCGGUCGACAUCAGUGGGCAAAAAUGAUGUGUACCAUCAUAAUUGGAAAAACAUUUAAAGAAUGCCACAAAAAGGUUAGCCCUUUUCCAUUUUAUGAAAACUGUGUGAAAGACUCGUGUGCCUGCGACACUGGAGGAGACUGUGAAUGUUUCUGCACAGCGGUCGCAGCUUAUGCUCAGGCUUGCAAUGAGCAUGAUGUUUGCGUUGCAUGGAGAACUCCAGAGAUCUGUCCUGUCUAUUGUGAUUACUACAACGGCCCAAAGGAAUGCAGGUGGCACUACAACCCUUGCCACACCCCGUGCUACAAAACCUGUUUGAAUCCAGAAGGCGUAUGUUUGAAUCCGAUACCCACCCUGGAAGGCUGUUACCCUGCAUGCCCAGAAGAUAAGCCCUUAUUUGAUGAGAAAAACCAAACCUGUGUGGAUAUAUGUCCAGGGUCAACUACAACUACUCCUCCCACCACCACAACUACAACAACAACAACAUCUCCAACUACAACUACCGUGCCCACUACCACCACAUCUCCAACUACAACUCCUGUGCACCAUACCACCACAUCUCCAACCACAACUACCUUGCCCACUACCACCACAUCUCCAACUACAACUACUAUGCACACUACAACUUGCAUUCCAGGUGACAAAUGUGAGUGGUCAGACUGGUAUGAUGUGGAUGAUCCAACGGACAAAAGUGACUGGGAAACGUACAAAAACAUCACAGAUGCUGGUCAACAAAUAUGUAACAAUAUUGAAGAAAUUGAAUGCAGAGCAGUACUUUACCCGACCAUUCCCUUUGAUGACUUUGUGGAAGAAACUAAACAAAGUGUUACUUGUGAUAAGGACAUUGGUUUAAUAUGUAGAGCAGAGGAACAGACAAGCCGUCCAGCAAAGUGUUUCGACUACAAGAUCAGGGUAUGUUGUGUGAUAUGUUCAACCACAACUCCAGCUCCUACAACAACUACCACCACAACUACAACGACAACUCCCGUGCACACUACCACCACAACGACAACGACAACUCCCGUGCACACUACCACCACAUCUCCAACGACAACUCCCGUCCACACUACCACCACAUCUCCAACGACAACUCCCGUCCACACUACCACCACAUCUCCAACGACAACUCCCGUGCACACUACCACCACAUCUCCAACGACAACUCCCGUGCACACUACCACCACAUCUCCAACGACAACUACCACAUCUCCAACGACAACUCCCGUCCACACUACCACCACAUCUCCAACGACAACUCCCGUGCACACUACCACCACAUCUCCAACGACAACUCUUCCUCCUCCACCUGACUGUCCUGAUUGGGGUGUCUCACAAAAUGAGACCUUCUAUUUGUGCAACUGUACCAUGGCCAGAUGCAUAGAGAACAACACAAUAGAAAUUAUUCCAUAUGAAUGUCCACUGCUUCAAAACAUAACUUGCACCAAUGGAAAGAAACCAGUUCUGGUGUAUGACGAGUACUACUGCUGUCAAUAUUAUACUUGUGACUGUGUAUGUGAAGGGUGGGGAGAUCCACAUUACGUCACGUUUGAUGGACUUUACUACAGUUAUCAAGGAAACUGUACUUAUGUUUUGAUGAAAGAGAUUUUACCGAUACAUAAUUUGGAGAUUUAUAUUGAGAAUGUCUUUUGUGAUCCAACUGAAGAUGUUUCUUGUCCACGAUCGAUAAUAGUAUCAUAUGUAUCACAAGUCAUCACACUCAUUAAUCAUAAUCUUAUUGGAGCUGCACAGUUGGAGGUACUGAAAAAUGGAGAAAGUUUGAACCUACCUUAUUCUCAACAAGGUGUUAAGAUCAUGAAUUCCGGUCUUAACCUGAUUUUAGAGAUUCCUCGCCUAAAAGUGGUUAUUACAUUUGGAAUAACUGGCUUCAGUGUAACCCUUCCGUUCCAGUACUUUGGCAAAAACACACAGGGCCACUGUGGAACAUGCAACAAUAACCAGGCUGAUGAUUGCAUGUUACCUGGAGGUAAGCUGGUGGAAAGCUGUGCGGUGAUGGCUGACUAUUGGCCUGUUGAAGACCCUUACAAACCCAACUGCCCAACACCACCUGCACUACCCACCAGUGCACCUGAACCACCACCUACCUUAGCUCCAUGCAAACCAGACUCCAUGUGUGACCUACUUAAAACUACUCUCUUUGCAGAGUGCCAUCCAUUUGUCUCUCCAGAAAAUUUCUACAGAGGUUGUAUUUUUGAUAGCUGUCACGUUUCAAAUCCAACAGUGGAGUGUACAAGUUUACAGACUUAUGCUGCAGCCUGUGCUCAGGCUGGAGUUUGCAUUUACUGGAGGAACCACACCACACUGUGUGCUGGUGAAUGCCCAUUAGGCAAAGUUUACAAGCCUUGUGGUCCUGCAGAACAGCCAACCUGUGAAGACAAUCCAAGUGGACCAACUAUGAACUACACUACAGAGGGCUGCUUUUGUCCUGAUGGAAUGAAACUUUUCAACCAGGAGUCUGGAAUAUGUGUUGAAAAAUGUGGAUGUCUUGAUCCUGAGGGCAUUCCUCGUGAGUUCAAUGAAAGAUUUGAGUACAAAUGCCAGGACUGCAUCUGUGAAGAAUCCACCAAGACUGUGACUUGCAAGCCUAAAGUGUGCCCACCACCACCGGCCACUACAAACUGCUCUGCCCCUGGGUUUGUCCUUGUCAACCAGACCAGUCCAUCCGACCCCUGCUGUUUUACCUAUGUUUGCCAAUGUCAACCUAACACCUGCCCAGUCACCAAUAUGAACUGUCCAAUUGGAUAUAAGCCAGUUGUCAGUGUCCCUAAUGGAAAAUGCUGUGCAGAACAUACAUGUGAACCUAAAAGAGUUUGUGUUCACAGAGAAACUGAAUACCAGCCUGGUUCUUCAGUUCCUGUGAUUGCAUGUCAGGAUUGUACCUGUUCCAAUGAGAUUGACCCAAAAUCUGGUCUAUUAAAGAUAACUUGCGUGUUUCAACAAUGUAAAGAAAGCUGUGAACUGGGAUAUGAAUAUGUGGAAAGUGAUUCAGAUGAAUGCUGCGGGAAGUGUGUACAGACACACUGUGUUGUCAACAUCAAUGGAACCAAACAACAUUUUACUCAAGGAGAAACCUGGUCACCACCGGGGAAUAAAUGUGAACAUUACACCUGUGUCAAGAAUGGUGAGACUUUAACAGCAAGUCGUUCACAGACUGUCUGCCCACCCUUCCAAGAGAGCAACUGCCAACCUGACACGAUUCAAACUGCAGCAAACGGCUGUUGCAAAAUUUGUGUGGAGAAGGAGAAGGGAUGCAAGUUAAUGUCCAUGAAAACCCAUAUUACAGUCAACGGUUGUCAGUCUGCCCAGGAGGUAGAUAUGCCAUAUUGUGAAGGAUCCUGCAACACUUACACCAUGUACUCUAAAGCAGCAGCAGCGAUGGAGCAUUCCUGCUCAUGCUGUAAGGAGAUAAACUUCAGCAAUCGCACUGCUGACCUGGUCUGCUUGAAUGGAGACACGGUCCCCUACACAUACAUGUAUGUGGAGCAGUGUGGUUGUACCAAGACGGACUGCACCAGAGCUGCCGGACAUCAUGUUCGCAGGAAGAGAAGCUUCACACUGCUGUGAUGAAACAGUCCGUCUCCAUUUUCACAGAUGUGACAUACAAUUGUUUCUUCUCAUAUUGUCUUAAAAAUCAUUACAUAUCUUACAAAGUAAUUGCUCUUGUGGCUUGAGUAUUUAUCUACUGAUAAAAAUAAAAAAAUUGCAACUCA